AUGACCUCUUUACCCUGUCCCCUUCCUGACCGCGGCUUCCCGGACUUCGCCCCCGCUCCGUUGGUAGUGGCUGCUUAACCGUUCGUACUAUCCCCUAGAACCGCAGCUUCCCCCGAUUUGUCUUACUCUUAGUCCUACGGCCACCUCCUGUCCCAUUCCUAUCCUAGACCAGCAACCCCAGGAGACUCCUACCUGCCCCGCCAACAACAAUCGGCGGCGCCGUCUCAGCUCUUUCACCGGUCGGCUAAACACCCGCAGGAACUCGGAGCCGAAUCAGAGAACCAGGCACUGUCUCUGGAGUCUGCCCAGCAGUCCCUCUCCAGGAAGCUGCACAAGUCUAGAACCAUCUACUUCAGCCUGCAGCUGAGACUCCUGAACCAGCAUUUCCAACACACCCAGUACCAGGCCCUGCCCGAGAGAGCUCAGCUGGCCGUGCAGCUCGGGCUCACCCAACCCCAGGUAGGGCCAGUCCUGUCCCUGCCCUGUUCCAAAUACAAACGCUCCAAAUACAAGAAGCUCUGGAAACAUGCUGGGGAGCCGGAAGAGAAGUUCUCUGGGAGACCCUCCUCCCUCUCUCGUUCUCCAAUCCUACCAUUCAUCCAGAGUCCACCCAAGGCAGGCACCUGUCUCCCAUAGCCACCUACCAGUGGCUACGACAACAGCCAUUCUGGUGCCUGGUAUCAGCAUCACUCUCCAGAUGUGCUGGCGCUGCCUCAGAUGGCGGGAGUCUGGAGGGAGGCUGCUCAAGGGUUCAGCCUUCCUGUCAAGCCCAGGACCUGA